UUUUGGCAAAACCCCCAACCCCGUCAACAAAAACCCAACCACAAAUGUGUGAGGCUUUCAAGAACAACUACCAGCUUUGCGAGGAAAUCGGCCGGGGCAAAUUCGGCACUAUAUCCCGCUGCUUUCACCCUGUCUCCGGCUCCGUCUUCGCCUGCAAAACCAUCGACAAACGCCCUCUCACCGAUCCCACCGACCGCGAAUGCCUCGAGAACGAGCCGAAGAUCAUGACGCUCCUCUCCCCGCACCCCAACAUCGUCAGAAUCUUGGACGUAUUCGAGAACGACGAAUCUCUGUCGUUGGUGAUGGAGCUCUGCGAACCCUUUACCCUCUACGACAAGAUCGUACAGAGGACUUUCUCCGACGGCGAAGCUGCCUUGCUCAUGAAGCAACUCCUCGAGGCUCUGUCUCACUGCCACAUGUUAGGGGUCGUGCACCGAGAUGUGAAGCCGGAGAACCUGCUGUUCGACGGGCGGAACAAUCUGAAGUUGGCGGAUUUUGGGUCGGCCGUGUGGUUGCCGGAGGGGAGAUGCGUCGGAGGGGUCGUGGGAACGCCGUAUUAUGUGGCGCCGGAGGUGCUGAUGGGGAGGGAGUACAAUGAGAAGGUGGAUGUGUGGAGUGCCGGUGUGAUUUUGUACAUAAUGUUGGCCGGGGUUCCGCCGUUUUACGGCGAGUCUGCGGCGGAGAUUUUCGAGGCGGUGUUGAGGGGGAACUUGAGGUUCCCGACGCGGAUCUUCCGCACGGUUUCGCCGGCGGCCAAGGACUUGUUGAGGAAGAUGAUUUGCAGAGAUGUUUCAAGAAGGUUUUCUGCCGACCAAGCCUUAAGGCACCCAUGGAUCCAGAAUGGAGGGGCAAGUGCAGAAGAGUGAAGAAGAGGACCCAAAGAGGCAGGAAGGAUCAGUGUACAUGAAUAAACAGAUCCCACUUUUCUUUCUGCAGCAGAAUAAUUCCUUCUAGAAACCAGUUUUUUUUUUUUUUUUUUUUACCCACUCGUAAAAGUGGGAGCUGUAAUAGAAACAGAGAGAGAGUUUUGUUUUUGUUUAAGGAUUUGGAGGGAAUAUGAAAGAGACGUGGGUUGAGAAUAUGGUGUUUCCCCGCCUUUUCUUUUUCUAGUUUU